CAGCUCAGUGUGUUUUGCUAAGGGGGGGGGAUCUGGUUCUGAACUUCUCCAGUGCUGUACCGUCUGAGAACACUGACCCGGUUCUGUUAGGGGAGUUGGAGGGUGUAACUGUCCGUGUUAGGGGGCUCGGACAGCGGGCUGCUGCGUUCACUGACCCGCUCUGAUUCUUACAGCCGCUGUUAGCCUGCGGAUGCUAACUGCAGCUAGCCUCCAGCGACCGACAGAAAGUCCUCCUCUGUUCCUCUAACUGACAGUUUCCCCCCCCACCGCGGCGGCACCGGCACCGGCACCGGCACCGGGAGGGAUGUGGAGGGUAACUUUACGGGCCUUCGCUGUUCUGCUGCUGGCCUGGUUCUUCGGGAACUUUGUUUUGGGUUGGUUUCAACAGAACACCGCGAAACCUCAAACGCAGCACGACGAGCGACCGAACCGCGGAGCUGCGGAGGACCAGAACCGGGACCAGAACCAGGACCAGGACCAGGACCAGAGCUGCUUCUGCCACCUGACCGGAGUCCUGGACGACUGCUUCUGUGAUGUGGAGAGCAUCGACGUCUUCAACAACUUCAAGCUUUACCCUCGAAUCAAGAAGCUGACGGAGAAAGACUACUUCAGAUACUACAGAGUGAAUCUGAAGCGACCGUGUCCCUUCUGGCCCGACGACGGACAUUGUGCCAUCAAGGACUGCCAUGUGGAGCCCUGUCCUGAGAGUAAGAUCCCAGUGGGCAUCAAGUCCGGGAACUACAACAAGUACUCCCAGGCAGCAAAUACGGUGUCGGACAUGACGGAGUGCGAACAGGCUAAAGAACUGGGCGCCAUCAACAGCACCCUGAGUAACCAGAGUAAACAGGCGUUCGCUGAUUGGGCGAGACACGACGACGCUCAGGACAACUUCUGCGAGCUGGAUGAUGAAACCUCUCCAGAUUCAGAGUACGUGGAUCUGCUGCUGAAUCCAGAGCGGUUCACUGGAUACAAGGGUCCUUCAGCCUGGAGAGUCUGGAACAGCAUCUACGAGGAAAACUGCUUCAAGCCCAGAUCAGUGUACCGACCUCUGAACCCUCUGGCUCCGAGCAGAGGAGACGACGACGGAGAGGGUUUCUACAAGUGGCUUGAAGGUUUGUGUUUAGAGAAGAGAGUUUUCUACCGACUCAUCUCAGGCCUCCACACCAGCAUCAACAUCCACCUGUGUGCCGAGUACCUGCUGGACGAGGGCUGGGGCCGGUCGGUCUGGGGUCCAAACGUUCAGGAGUUUCGGCAGCGCUUCGACACAGCGGAGACGAAGGGCGAGGGCACGCGGCGGCUGAAGAACCUUUACUUCCUGUAUCUGAUCGAGCUGCGGGCGCUCUACAAGGUGGCGCCGUACUUUGAACGGGCGUUCAUCAACCUGUACACUGGAAACUCACAGGAAGACGGAGCCACGAAGGACCUGCUGCUGCAGGUCUUCAAUGAGAUCAGAGCUUUCCCAAUGCACUUUGAUGAGAAGUCCAUGUUCGCCGGACACAAAAUUGAAGCCAAAACAUUAAAGGAGGAGUUUCGCCUCCAUUUUAAGAACAUCUCCAGGAUCAUGGACUGCGUCGGCUGCAGUAAAUGUCGACUGUGGGGGAAACUGCAGACUCAGGGUCUCGGUACGGCCCUGAAGAUCCUCUUCUCUGAGAGGGAGAUCCAGAACCUUCCUGAACACAGCCCCUCUAAAGGUUUCCAGCUGACUCGCCAGGAGAUUGUGGCCUUACUGAACGGCUUCAGCAGGUUGUCCACCAGUAUUCAUCAGCUCCACCACUUCCGCCUGCUGCUGAAGGACAACAGGUAACAGGAGGUGAUGCUCCACCCGGCCAGUAGGCGGCGCCAGCCCCCAGAGGACUGCAGUAGUCUCACCGCCCAGAAGAAGAAGAAGAAGAACUUUUUCAUGGACAUCAGGAUCAGCAGUGAACCUCUCUCUCUCUCUCUCUCUCUCUCUCUCCUCCCAUUAAUCUCUCUCUCUCCUCCUCCUCUGUCUGUUGUUGGUUUGUGACAGCCUGAAGGGAACAGGAAGUGAUGUCACAGACCACAGAUUAAACCGUGUUCAACAGGAAGUGAACGUUUUAAAUCUCUUCGUUCUCUUUCUUUCUCUCUCUCUCUUCCUUUCUUUGGCCCCGCCCUCGUGAACUGAGUCGGACCUUUAACGCCUCUUCUGUAGGGAAAGAACUCGAGUCGGGAGGAAACGCCGUGCGCGUCUGAAACCGCCAGGACGCAGCUUCCUGUUGGUUUAGUUUCCUCUCCUCUCCCACUUCCUGUUUUCGGUUUGUCGCUCAAAGCCUGAAGCUCUGGACCAAUCAGCUCCCGUUCACCAUCUCAGGCCUAACUUAUGUCAGCUCGAUAGAUGUGUGUGUGUGUGUGUGUGUGUGUGUGUGUGUGUGUGUGUGUGUGUGUGUGGAUCAACAGUUGCAGCUAUACAUUUAUGGACAAUGACUUGAUUCCCAUAGUUUAAUAUACGGUAGCAGAUUUUUGCUCAUUUUGCGAUAACUAAUGAUUGUCUGUCUGUCUGUCUGUCUGUCUGUCUGUCUGUCUGUCUGUCUGUCUGUCUGUCUGUUCAGUAAACUUGCUGCCUCCUCUUUCCAGGCACUCUUAGUUUUGCUUCAGCCACGUUGUCUUAAAGCACAACUUUAACAGAUUUAUAACGUUUAUUUAAAGAGGAGAACUUUGGGAGUUGUUUAGUUUCUCUUCAGGUUACGUCAGUAUUUUAUUUCCCGCUGUGAAACGGCGGCGUGAUGUUGGUUUGUGAUGGGACAAUGUGAGGGAACGAUUAAAGUCUGCUUUUAUUUUAUAGUUUUCUUAUUGUCAACAAGUCCCGUGUGAGUUAUUCUAGUUGUUUCAUUUUAAUUUAGUUUCUGUAAUAUAUAUUAUAUAUAUAUAAUAUAUAUAUAUUAUAAUAAUGCUGGGAUUUGUCAGAAUAAUACAAUACAAUACGACGGUUCUAGUUUUAGUUUCCCGCUUAUGUUUCACUAUAAUGAAUAAAUAUGUCGGUCCGUCAGCUCAAACCGCAUCAGUUCCUACUGAGGACGUAAACCUUUAAAAACAAUUAAAAUAUAUAGUUUCAUUCAUUAUAAAGCACAGUAGAUUUUAUUAAACCCGAGGAAAUGGUGCAUUUCAGGACGGUGUAGAAAGAAACUACAGUGUGUGAUUGAUAAUCAAUACAGUUGGGAUUUGUUGACUUUAAGAAAAACACCGAAUACAAGCAGACUAUUCCUCUAACGAGGCGUUCAAUGUCCUGAACGACAGGCGAACCAGCCGAUUCAAGUGAUUACGAACCCUGAGGAACGCCUGUUACGAUCAAUAACGAUCAAUAAGCAACGUCUAACAAGCAAAGGAAGUCAUUACACUGAACGCCACCUUCGUCUCGUCCCUGUGGCCAAUCACAGUUCAGCUGCUGGGGCAGGAAAUCCGAUAUUAUAUAUAUUAUAUAUUAUACAUCUUUAAAAUUCCACUUUUCCAGGAGCAAGUUGAGCCUUUGUGGCUGCAGGCGGCACCUUGUGGCCGCAGGAGGAACUGCAGGCGGAGAUAUUUAAUUUUGUCGUUCGGCUUUUUCAGCGUUUUUUCGUCAGAUUGCGACGGUUUGUUUUCGCUCAGCAGUAAAAGAAUGAAGUGGACCAAAGAAGUUGCCUACAUUUUAAUUUUGAUGUAUCUUUUUGUUUGUGAUGUCCAGGAAGUGUUUAUGUUGUAGUUCGGACACACGAUGAGUUAUGUUUAAAGCUGUUUUCUUGAGGGUCAGGCUGAUGUUUCACCUCUGUAUUCUGGAUGUUUAAGAGCUGAAUUAGGGUUUGAAAUAUAAAAUAUUAAAAGUAAAAUCUGCAGCUUCUGCUUGUUCCUGUCGUGUGCUUUAAUCCCGUUUAUCGCUUCUCUGUUGACGGGGAAUUAAUUACAAUUAAAGAUUAUAUCAACAGCUUCAAAUCACCUGUAGAAACUCUUGUCAGUCAGAUUCUUUCUCUUUUCUUACCCUCCGUUUUGGCUCUCAGGCUCAACCUGCAUCACAACAUGAAGGUUUGAUUAACAGAGCUCGUUAUCCUUCCUGCAGCCCCUUCACAGUAAAAGCCUUCCAGAGGAACUGCUUCAUAAUCACCUCCAAAUUACUGCUGGUCGUUACAUCAGAGUUGUUCCAAGAACGCACGCCGGUGCACCGAUUCAAUACUUCAUCUUUCAUGACCGGCCCUCGUAGUAAACUCUUGUAAAACAGUAAUUAUAUAUCUAUAAAUCUUUUGUUUUAAUGAAUCAGAAUCAGUCUUCAGCGAUAGGAAGAUGGAAAAGUCAUCAGUUAAUUAAUUUGAAUGUAAAUCCUUUAACAUGAAAUUGUUUAUUUAUUCACAUUUAUAUUGUCCGGUAAACUUUAAGUGAUAACACUCUGCACUUAACACUCUAUAGAAAUAAUAAAAAGAAUAAAUAGAGAGUAAAUUCCACAAUGUACCAAAGUAUAAAGAUGUUGAGACUUGGUGUCUGCUUUUAUUGUGAAGCAGCUGCAGGAAGUGUUAAUAUAAUAAUAACUCUGCGAUAAAGAGUACAACAAACAACGGCGGCGUUUAUGAGACAGGAAGAAUACGGAGGCCUAAAUGUGACAAAUUAAAAGCAUUUUUCAGUGAGUCAUCAACUUAUUAAAUAAUUAAAUCAGUUUUAUGCAUUUUAGUUGUAAAGGUGACCAUUAAAAUUUACAUUUAAAUGAUGCAAUUUAAGAAACUUAGUUUAAAUAAAAAUAGAAUAAGUUCUAAUAUUCUACCUUUGAAUGAUUAUUAAGGUUUCAACGUUAUUCUAUUGACAGAGUUGUAUAAUUAAAUUUAGAUUCAGUUUCCUUGUAAAAAAAAGAUUAAGUCAUCAAAAUUAAUUAAUUUGUGAUAUCAGAAAUACUUGCUUCAGUUAUCGAGUCGAGAGAGCGUCUGACUGAAAUGUUUCUUUAAAAGUUCAUUAAAUCUGGAAAUCUGUUUUUUUUAAAGAAACUUUUAGUGGCUGAAACAAAAACUAUAAACGGUGAAAUAAUUACAGUUUGAUAUGGAACAUAAUAAGAUUUAAUAUUGAAUGAUUUUGAAAAUAACUGAAAAAAUCCACUUUAAGUCUCAUUAAUUUAUUAAUCAUUUGAACACUUAAAUUAAAGUACACAUGUAAUAAUUACUGCAAUCUUGUGACUAUGGAAGCCCAUUUAGGCCAACUAACGUCUGUAAGUCAUAAUAAUGAGAACGUUUAUCAAAAUAAUGACUUUGUGAUAUUCAGUCAUUGUUUUGGCAGAAAUGUGCUUCCACAAAUUAAUUUACGACUUUUAGUUUUAAAAUUAUCACUGAAUUUGAAUAACUUAAAUAUUUUACUUUGAAAACCAUCUAUUAUAAUUUAUGUGGAUUUCCUUUUUUUUGUUUUGUGAUUUCAAAUUUUAUUGAAUUUUUUUUCUCUGUUGAAGUUUCUCAGAUGUCAAAAUUUAAGAGAAAAAUGAAAAAUGAAGUUGCUGUGAUCAGAUUGAUCAGAUUCAUCAGUUAAAGGUGUUCAGUUGUUUAUCAAAUGCAAACGUUAAUAAUAAAUUAUCAGUUUUAAUUAAUUCAGUGUCACCUUCCAGCCUCCAUAACAGAGUUUGGGUGAAGUCUAUUUCUCCUCUGAGCCUUGCAUGUCCUCCGUACCACCUUACAACUAAAUCGCUAUUUUGGAAAAAGACCACAAAAAAACCUGCUUCAGAUCUUCAUGUUGAAUCGAAACAAGUUUUCUUUCUGUUGAUCUCUGAAUAAAUAAAUCUAUAGAGUUCCUGUUGACUAUAUUUAUUUGAAAAGAUGAAUAAAUAUUUCUGGAUAUCA